GUGACAAUCCAGCUACUGAUUGAAUGCAUUUAUUUUGUUACCAACACCUCCAAUCAUAUGAUGGAUCCUCUUCAAAUCAACGAUUUCACCCCGUCAAGAGAUCGUCAGAAACUUCUACGAGAACAGGAAGUGCUUGAUCAGGAACAAAUCGGUUUCGAUCUUCUUGCUGAGGAUACGAUGACAGCUGUGCUACAUAAUAAUCCGAAACUUCUGGAAAAAUAUGUAAAAACACCACAUAUUGAGCGUUUUGUGGAACUUGUACGGAACAAUCGUUUGGGAAAGUGA